CAGAGGAUUCCCGUCCGCAACCGGUGGGAAGAUGCCCGGCAGUGGCCGGGGCGCAGCGGGAGCCACCAGCCGAGAACGACGUCUGCCGGGCUGGCAGCCGCUCUGCCUGGACAUGAGGAGCUGGCUCGCAGCCCGGGGCUGAGCCGCGGCCCCGGCGCUGCCAUGGUGCUCCCCUACGCCCGCAACAGCGGCGGCGCCGGCGGCUGGCUGCCCCCCGAGGAGCCCCGCGGCCGCAGCAACUCCAUCCCCCCGGCGCAGACCCCCACGGCCAAGCACAUGCUGGCCUACCUGCCCCGGCCGCCCACCGACACCAGCCGCUACGGCACCUUCCCGCAGAAGCCCGAUCUCCCGGCCGCCCCCGGGGCUCUCGGGGAGGACGGCGAGCAGAAAUCCGCCGCCACCACUGCCAAGAGAGGCGCCGCGAUGCCAAACUACCCAUCUGCACCCCGCCACAGCGGCUUCGUCCCCGGGGAGCCGUCCCUGCCGCCGAGCCGCGGGAGCCUGAGCGCCCAGCAGCCCCGUGGCCGGCCGUCCUGGUGCCCACCGCCCGCCCCACCGGAGGCAGCCCCCCGCUUCUAUCCGCUGCACGCCCUGAGCGUGGCCAACAUCCCCAACUCGUCCCGUGGCAAGAGCUCGGCCCGCAGCUCCACCAUCCCCACCCCGGAGGGGCUGCAGAGCCGGCGCUGCAAGCUGCUGGAGGAGGACAGCCCCGCCGUCCAGGCCGGCAAGCGGCAGCGGCAGCGCUACGUGACUAAAGUGGGCAAGUGCCAGGUGAAUCUGGGCAACAUCCAGGACAAGAAGAGGUUCCUCUCGGACAUCUUCACCACCAUCGUAGACCUCAAGUACCGCUGGUUCCUCUUCGUCUUCAUGAUGUGCUACGUGGUCACCUGGGUGGUAUUUGGCUCCAUCUACUUCCUGGACGCCUGGCUGCGCGGCGACGUGGGGCACCAGGGCGAUCCCGAGUGGCAGGCGUGCAUCGAGAACGUGGACAGCUUUGUGUCCGCCCUGCUGCUCUCGGUGGAGAGCCAGCGCACCAUCGGCUACGGCACGCGGAUGGUGACGGCCAACUGCGCCGAGGGCGUCAUCCUGCUGAUCGCGCAGUCCAUCGUCGGCUCCAUGAUCGACGCCAUGAUGGUCGGCUGCAUGUUCGUCAAGAUCUCCCGGCCCAAGAAGCGCGCCCAGACCCUCAUCUUCAGCAAGAACUGCGUCAUCUCCCUCCGGGACGAGAAGCUCUGCCUGAUGUUCCGUGUGGGGGACCUGCGGGAAAGCCACAUGGUGGAUGCCAAGAUCCGGGCAAAGCUGAUCAAGUCCCGUCAGACGGCCGAGGGGGAGUUCAUCCCCCUGGAGCAGUCGGAGCUGAACCUGGGCUACGACACGGGGGAGGACCGCCUGUUCCUGGUGGAGCCCCAGAUCAUCUGCCACGUCAUCAACCGUCACAGCCCUUUCUGGGACAUGUCGGCCGAGUCGCUGCGCCGGGAGCAGUUCGAAAUCAUCAUCAUCCUCGAGGGCAUCGUGGAAGCCACAGGAAUGACGUGCCAAGCCCGCACCUCCUACACGGAGGACGAGAUCCUCUGGGGAUACCGCUUCGAGCCCUGCAUGUCCCUGGAGAAAGGCGCCUUCCAGGUGGACUACAGCCGCUUCGAGAUGACCUUCGAGGUGCAGACGCCCGCGGGCAGCGCCAAGGAGCUGCAGGAGCUGAAGGAGCUGGAGCAGCAGGAGCACUCCACGCUCAGCCUCUGCUGGGACCACCUGGUGCAGCCGUGCGCGCUGCCGGGGCCCGGCGAGGACGGCAGCGCCCUGCCGGAGCCGCCGCUGCCCCCGCCAACAGUGCCAUAGCCCACCCUGCCGGGGCUGAGCCCUCGCCCCCCGUUCCCCGCUGCAGCCGCAGGGCGCUCGUUUUGUUAAGCCGUUCUUUUGUAACAAGGAAAAUGAG